ACAUGAAAUUUUCCAUUUUAUUCAUCACAUUAUUAGCCAUUUGGCGCACGAAUGCCAUUCCCGUCGAAAGCAAAGAAGUGGCAGAAAAUAGCAAAGAGGUUGUCGAUGAUAAAGACAUUGAUGAAAAUCUUGAUGUCGAGUCAUUAGUUGAAUGGGAUAUACCGGUCGAUGCCAUCAACUUUGAUCUUAUUAGCGAUAGAGUCCUCGAAACCGAUGAGUUGAAUGAAAAAUUUUUCGAAGAAAAGAACGGAACGGAUGUCGAUGAUGUCAUACACAUUGAUGAACAUGACUUCAGAGAGGCACCAGUGGAGGGCCCACCACUUGACCAAAGUGAACAACCAGUACUGCAGUCACUUCCAGGUGUUGCCGAAAUUAAUUUAACGCAAAAUCUGACGGGUUAUGCACAGUUCGACACCGAAGACGAGGCUAAGGAGGUGGAGGGUGCGAACCGGGAGAUUCGUAUAGAACUCAGUGAUUUACUUUCACCCGAAGAACUUGAUUGGUCUAAACCACAGGUGGGCGCACCCGAACAUCACGAUGAAUAUCAACCGUCACAUGUCGUCCAGUUCCCACACGAAGCUCUGAUAGAAAACAUACAACUCUUUCCAGUGGAAGACGUCGAGAAAAAAACUGACGAAACGCUAACAACCAAUGAAGUCAACACUGGAAACGUUGUUAAACAUUAA